UCACUUUACACCUCUCUUUCCUCUGCUAAUCACUUAUGGCUAAACCAAUUCUCACACUUUUGUUUCUUCUCUUGUCCAACUUCUCAGUAAGGAGUCUGACGUUAGCAGAUGGACAGAAGACUUGGUGUGUGGCUAAACCUUCAUCAGUUGAUAUGGCACUUGAAGAAAACUUGAUUUAUGCAUGCAAAUAUGUGAAUUGCAAUAUAUUUAAAGAGGGUGGUCCUUGUUUUUCACCAAAUAAUUUGAUGAAUCAUGCUUCUAUUGCCAUGAAUUUGUACUAUCAAUUUACUGGAAGACAUCCUUGGGAUUGUUACUUUAAUAAUUCUGGCCUUGUUGUCUUGACUGAUCCAAGUUAUGGUGGCUGCAUCUAUGGGUGAAAUCAUCAAGUCAUGGUUAGGAGAAACAACUCAUGAGGAGAUUAUUAUCAUUUUUUUUUACUUUUUUUUUCCAAAAAAAGUCAAUUUUUUCACAAAAACAGGUUUAGCGAUUCUAUGUCUAGAUUUAUGUGAUACAUUUGUCUUUUUAAUCUGUUAUAAAAGGAAUGUUACAUUCAUAUAAUAAAAAAAUAAUUUUAACUUUGCAA